ACCUUAAUAACGGAAGUAUUUAAGGGUGUUGUCAAAGACCAAAAGUUUCCUUUUAAUUUUUGGGAAUAUAUGUCUCUUUGAUUGAAUUCUGAUUUAUAUGUAUGUAUACAUUGCAAUUUUUGUAUCUACACCCGAGAAGCUAUGAAAAACUACAAAUCAUUAGACGCACACAAAUUCUUUGUGGCUGGAUGGGUGCAAACAGUCUUUCAUAUCAAGACAUGCAAUGGAGACUUUAUUAUGAGAGCUGACGUCCGAUCAUCAUGGCGAGUAACAGAUGAACCCCACCAACUAUGGAUAGCUGUGAGGAAGGAUGGUCAGGUCAUUGCUGCACACUGUGACUGUAUGGCAGGAUUAGGUGAAAGUUGUUCCCAUGUGGGGGCAUUGCUUUACAAGAUAGAGGCAGCCGUUAGACUUGGAUAUACAACAUCAGCAUGCACAGAUGAACCCUGUGUCUGGAAUGAGUGCUUUGUGAAGAAUGUUGAGCCUGCUCCCAUUGCUGAAAUUAACUUCUACAGUGCCACAGCAAAAUAAAAGCUGCGCAAAUCUACCCGUG